AUGGCACCCUCAAGACCUUACGACGGAAAGUUGGGCAUCGUCACCGGCGGCUCACGAGGCAUCGGCGCCGCCGUCGCCCGCCGGCUGGCCGCCAAGGGCUGCAACCUCCUCCUCGUCUUCACCUCCGAGUCGUCCAAGCAGCCCACCGAGAAACUCUGCCAUGAGCUCUCGUCGGCACACCAGAUGCGCUGCUCCUCUGUGCAGGCCGACCUCUCAGGCCCCGAGGCGGCGGCGCACAAGAUUGUCGACGCCGCGCAGGGCUUCUUCUCGACGUACAACACCUCGGGAGACUUCCAGGUGGACAUACUCGUCAACAACGCCGGCGUGUCGUCCAACCAGGCCAUGAACGACGCCGCGCUGGGCCCCAUCGCCGCCGACGAGUUCACGCGCGUCUACAACGUCAACGUCCUCGCCCCGCUGCUGCUCACGCAGGCCGUCGCGCCGCACCUCCCGCGCGACCGCUCUGGCCGCGUCGUCAACGUCUCGAGCGUGAGCUCCUCCAUCGGCUACCAGGGCCAGAGCGUCUACGCCGGCAGCAAGGCCGCCCUCGAGGCCAUGACGCGCACCUGGAGCCGCGAGCUGGCCGAGCGCGCCACCGUCAACGCCGUCAACCCGGGCCCCGCCUGGGGCGACAUGUACGCCGAGGCCGGCGAGAAGUUCUGGCGCAUCAACCAGCCGUACGUCGACGCCGCGCCCCUGGCGAGCUACAGCGGCGAAAAGGCCGUGCUGGACGCGGCGGGCGACGACGCGGAGCGCUUCGACAAGACGGUCAGGGAGGGCAUGGGCGGGCGCAGGCCGGGCUUCACGAGCGAGAUUGCCGGCACCAUUGACAUGCUGUGCUCGGCCGAGGCGGGCUGGACGACGGGCAGCGUGGUGUGCGCCAACGGCGGCAUGAAGAUGUCGAUAGCAUGA